CACUUGAUUUGUUUUUCAGUCCCUUAUAUUAGCGGUUUGGCGGUACAUAAGCUCUAAAUUUAUCCUCGAGCUGUAAUGAUCAACUGAUAGUUCUCCAUAUAUUCUAUACCUAAGCUGGAUAGGAGAAUAUUCAACAGGAAAGGUGUUUGGAAGGUUAAAAGAAGGCAAAGUAUCGAAGAUUUACUACCAGCUUAAAGCUAACAACGAACCAUGAACACUGUGACACAAUUAUUUUUCUUCGCUUUUCUGUGUGGUUCCUUUACGUGGGUUAGCAGUUCAAGCAAAGAAAACAGUUCCUACCUCAUUUUGGCUCCAAAUGUCUUUCGUCCAGGAAGUACUUUUACCUUGAAGGUUACGAUCUUGAAGGCUACAGCCCCAGUCAUUGUACAUGCAGGGAUAAGAAUGGGAUAUUUUCCCAAUAUCAAAGUUAUUACCAAUAAUACUGGUACAUUUACUGUUGGAACAACACAAGAUCUGAACAUCAAAAUUCCUUCUGGUUUGACAUACAGCCGAUACAGUUUCUUUGUCAAUGGUUCCGGCGGUCUUACAUUCCACAAUGAAUCAAGCAUCCAGUUCCAAAAGAAGGCAAUGACUAUCUAUGUGCAAAUGGACAAAGGCAUUUAUAAACCUGGACAAACUGUUCACAUGAGAAUAUUUGCAUUGCUGCCAAGCCUGAGAACAUAUCUUGAUAAGAUGACAGUUGAUAUCCUGGAUCCCAAUGACAAUAAGAUGGCUCACUGGGAAAACAUUCAAGGACCAUAUGGAGUCAUAAAAAAAGAUUUUCCCAUUUCAUCUCAACCUGUUAUGGGAACAUGGAAGGUGUCUGUUAAAGCUAGAGAUGAAACCUUUGACAAAACAUUUGAGGUCAAAGAAUAUGUUCUUCCGAAGUUUGAAACAUCAGUGGUGCUCCCUCCGUACAUUCAGAAGAAAGAUACAAAAAUCCAAGGAUCAGUGACGUCAAAGUACACAUAUGGUAAAGGUGUCAAAGGCACAGCUGUCAUAGAAGCAUAUUUCAACACGUAUGGUUCCAAAGGGAAACCGUUAAAGAAGGCAAUUGAGGUUGAUGGAACAGCAUCGUUUCAUUUUGACAUAAAGGAGAUCAUUAAACUGUUCUUUGCCACUUUUGGCAAGUCACGUUGGAUAACCGAAAAGUCCUUGUAUGAAUCCUGGUACACGCUCAUCGUCAAUGCAACUGUUACUGAAGACUUGACUAAGAAGGAAGCCAGUGGGGAUCAAAGUCUUCGAUUCUACUACUCGGAUGUCAAGCUUGAGUUCCCUACAUUCAAUCCAAGUAAUUUCAAGGCGGGACUAGAGUUUGAUACGGUGCUACGAGUGACCCAACCAGAUGGUCAGCCAAUCCACCCAGACCGACUGAAAACACUCAAGAUUACAAUCAAGACGCAGUACAGUUGGAAUGGAAACAAAUCCACCGAUGCUUACACUCCAUCAUCCAAAGGUGUCAUACUCGUCAGAACAAGCGUUCCCAGUUGGGCUCAAGUCGUUCGCUUAACGGCUGAGUAUCUCGUUGAUGCAGAACACACAGAAACCAAAAUGUUUACGGCGCGAAAAUUUAAUUCGCCCAGUAACUCGUUUCUUCAGCUGUCUACAAGUAAUCCUUCAGUAAAGUCAGGUGAUACGAUCAACUGUGACGUCAUAAGUACCUUUCCUGUUACGUCAUAUAUAUACAUUGUCAUGGCUCGAGGCAAGAUCAAGCAAAUUGGCAGCGGCAACGUCAACAGCGCGGCUAAACGGUUUUCUUUUAGUUUGACGUCUUCAUCUGUCAUGGCGCCGUCAUGUCGUCUCCUGGUCUACUGUAUACGACAGGAUGGAGAAGUAAUCGUGGAUGGUCUGACUGUUACUGUUGAAGACCCAUUCGAUAACAAGGUCACUCUGAAGUUCAGCCGCAAUUCUUCGCGCCCUGGUGAUCAAGUCAACCUUGUUGCCACGGCAACGGCUGGUUCUCAAGUGUCUUUUCUCGCUGUAGACAAGAGUGUCCUUCUAAUGAAAAAAGACAAUGAUAUCGACCACGCUCAGGUGCUGCAAGAUCUGGAGUCGUAUGGUGGUGGUAGUGGCUGGUAUCCAUGGUGGGAAUGGGGAUGGUUCUCUGGAGCAAGACGCAGUAGACGAAUGAUCAUGCCUUUCCCUGCUCCUGGAGGCGACGCCAUGUCUGUAUUCGAGAAUUCAGGUCUCCUCAUCUUCUCUGACUGCCUUGUGUACAAAAUGCAGCAAUACUACGUCGAUGAAAGUGAAACUGAAACUGUUCGUAUGAAAACCUCGAGUGCUUCAGGAGGAGGUGGGGUAGUAGCAGCAGUUAAUCCUAAACUGGCAGCAGUGACUAAAGUUCGUUCUCUCUUUCCUGAGACAUGGCUGUGGAUGGAUGUCAAUGCAAGUUCAUCAGGCCAGGCUGAGAUCUCCACUUCCGUUCCUGACACCAUCACGUCAUGGGUAGCCAGUGCUUUCGCUGUUUCUCCCACCACAGGAUUUGGUAUUGGAGCACUAAAACCCAAUUUACAAGUUUUCCAGCCAUUCUUCGUGUCUCUUUCCCUACCUUAUUCUGUUGUACGUGGAGAGGAAGUGGCCAUAACAGCACUUGUCUUCAACUACCUAGAGGACCCUCAAGAGGUCACCAUCACAUUCAAAGCUUCCGAACACUGGUCAGCCAUCAACGAACUAGGAGCCCGCGGUCAGGAAGGGGACAUGAAAGAGGUGGUGACAGUACCUGCUGGACAAGGCAAAGCUAUUGCCUUUCCUGUCAUUCCCAAGACACUGGGUAACAUCCCCAUAGUGGUACAAGCACAGUCUUAUGAUGCUGCUGAUGCGGUCAGAAGGAACUUAUUGGUGGAGCCUGAAGGAGUCCCCCAGGAAUACUCCUACAGCGUACUGAUGAACAUGAAUACAACAUCAUCCUUCACCAAAACACUGGAGCUUGCUUUACCUAAAAGUGCAGUCGACGGUUCUGCCUUUGCCAAGAUCUCAGUCAUUGGUGACAUUUUGGGCUCUUCCUUCAACAAUCUAGACAACCUACUGCGCAUGCCCUAUGGCUGCGGCGAGCAAAACAUGGUGAACUUUGCUCCCAACAUCUUUAUUUUGAAGUACUUAACUGCGGUAAACCAGGUCACUCCUGCUAUUAGAGAAAAAUCUGAGAGAUACAUGGUGCAAGGAUAUCAACGAGAACAGACCUACAGACACAGAGAUGGUUCUUACAGUGCAUUUGGUGAGAGAGACYCGGAGGGAAGCAUGUGGUUGACAGCGUUUGUAGUCAAGUCAUUUGCGCAGGCGCGCAAGUACAUAUACGUGGAUCCUAAGUCAUUGGACUUGAGUCUGUCGUUCAUGGUGCGCAGGCAGAACAAAGAUGGCUCGUUCCCAACAGUUGGUACUGUCCAUGGCAGCUACCUCAAGGGUGGGAUGAAAGGUGAAUUUUCGCUGACUGCUUUUAUUGUCAUUGCACUAGCUGAAGCUAAAAGCGAAUCUAAGAAUGUGGAUGUGGCAAAGAAAGAUGCUGUGCGUUACCUUGAGAAUAACUUGGACGCCAUGGAGAGGGCAGACGACGUGUAUGCACUGGCUAUUUCAGCUUAUGCACUUAGACUGGUUAACAGUGGAUCCAGUGCUAGCAAGGCCUGGUCUGCUCUGUUAUCCAGGGCGAUAAGAAAAGAUGGAACAAUUCACUGGUCUAAUGCUAAGCAAAAUAACGACAAGUCGACAGAGUAUCGACCCUACUACAGGCCCCGUUCUGCAGACGUGGAAAUCACAGCAUAUGCACUGCUUACCCUGAGUCUGAACCAAGAUAUUUCUACUGGGCUUCCUGUGGUACGGUGGCUGUCGCAACAAAGAAACUCACUUGGCGGUUAUUCUUCCACUCAGGACACAGUUCUUGGCAUUCAAGCCAUGUCAGAGUUUGCCAGGCUUAUCUACUCCUCAUCUCAAAAGUUCACUGUAAGACUGACGCAGACCACUGAUAAAGGGUUCAGCAAGACUAUCAACGUAGAUCAAUCCAAUGCUAUGGUAUUACAACAAGUACUGAUCUCGAAGGUCGAAGGAAGUUUAAAGAUCCAAGCCAAUGGUCACGGUAUUGGAAUACUACAGGUUGGCGUGACAUACCACGUGGACAAAGCGCCUGAUAUGAGUAAUUUUGAUUUCGUGAUUAAGGUGUUGGAAGCUGGUAACUAUGAGAUGAAAACCCACGCAUGCGCAACAUGGCUGGGCGAAGGACCAGACUCGGACAUGGCUGUCAUGGAGCUUGGAGUGAGUUCUGGUUUUGCACCCGAUCAAGACGCCGUGAAUGAGAUGUUGAAAGACAGAAGUGUAAACGUCAAGAGAGCCGAGACGGUUGACAAGAAACUCAUUCUUUACUUUGAUAAGAUCAGUAAAAUCAAAGCUACAUGUAUCAACAUGCGAUAUGAGCGAACCCAUCCUGUUGGGAAAGGACAGCCUGUACCUGCCGUCAUAUACGACUAUUACAACCCCGAACACCGUGCAGAAGCGUUGUACACAUCUGACAAGCUAAGAAACACUGGUGUGUGUCGCGUGUGUCCCAUGUGCAUCAACUGCAAUCAUGCAUACAAACCCAAAGAUGAUCCUUCCAGAAGUUCAUCUUCAAAUCAUCGAAACAUCAUCACUAUUACUGUUUACCUGGUUACCCUGGCGUUAUUUGCUGUGUGUUAAUGUACAGAGGAGAAAAACGACAAGGCUGCUACUUUCGCUAUUUUUUUCUUUAUCUCUCAUUCAUGCUUAAAAACGUUUAGUGUUUCAUUCGUGUCUCUUGUGUUUUAAACUUUUCACCAAAUUCUGCUAACCUCGA